AUGUCCCCAAAGACCCCACAGGCCCGGGGUCAGGAACCAACAGGCUCCAAUACCGAGUCCAGGAUGAGAAAUCCUAUCAACCAACAAUACAAGGAUGAAGAUCAAUAUCAAGACCAUCCAGAUGCACCCCUACCGAUCGAAUCUUCCAAAUCGACAAAUGGAAGAUAUUCAGAUCAUCCAGAAUAUGAAUAUGAAAAUGGAAAUGAACAAGAUGGAUACAACUGCCAAAGCAGCAGUGAAAGCCAAAGCGACCUCGAAAACCAAGCACUCGCACAAUCCGAACCCCGUCCUAUUGACGAUGAAUAUAACGAUAACGACGAAAAUCAAGCUGCAGCAGACCGACCCCGCCAUGCAUGGCAGAUCCUCUGGCUCCGAAAUAAAGGCAUGGCCCUCGUAUUACUAGCGCAGAUGUUUGGCGCUUCGAUGAAUGUCAUGACGCAGAUUUUGGAGAUUCAUAGUGCUAUGCACCCAUUCCAGGUCCUCUUCGCCAGAAUGUCAAUAACAGCCCUAGCAAGCUACAUCUACAUGUACUACGCCUCAGUCCCAAACCCAAUAGGAACACGGCCCGUACGGCCCCUCCUCCUCCUCCGCGCAGCAAGCGGCUUCAUGGGCGUCUACGGACUCUACUAUUCAGUCCAGUACCUGCCCCUCUCCGAAGCAACGGUGAUCACCUUCCUCGCGCCAAUUAUGACCUGCUACGCUUGUUCAUUGCUUAUCCCCGGCGAGACAUUCUCGCGUCGGCAGCAGUUUGCGGCGCUCGUUUCGCUGGGCGGGGUUGUGCUUAUUGCUAGGCCCUUUGGGAAGCGGGAGAAGGUUGAUUCGGUGACUACUGCUGUGUCGGUUUGGGCUAUGGGUCUUUCUGCUUCGAAUGGGGGUGGGGAGGAGACGCCUGAUGAUGCUGACGCUUAUCAUCAUGUUCUGGCGACGGUUGUUGCGUUUGUCGGUGUUAUUGGGGCUGCGGGUGCUUAUACUUCUAUUCGGAUGAUUGGGAAGCGUGCGCAUCCGCUUGUCUCUGUGACGUAUUUUUCGACGGUUACUACUGUUGUUUCGUUCUUGGCUAUGGCGUUUGUGCCGGCUGUGCCAUUUCGAUUGCCGAGUACUGUUGUUGAGUGGUCCUUGUUGACCGGAUUGGGGGUCUGCGGGUUCUUGCUGCAGUUCUUGUUGACGGCGGGUUUGUCGUAUGUUCCUCCGGCUUCGGUUUCUGGGGGGAAGGUUGUUGGCCAGGGGUCUAAGGCUACGUCGAUGGUUUAUAUGCAGAUGCUGUUUGCGCUGUUUUAUGAUAAGGUUGUUUGGGGGGUUACGCUGUCUGGGGUUAGUUUGAUUGGAUCGGGGUUGAUUUUGAUUUGUGCGGUUUAUGUUGCUGUUGAGGGAGGGAAGCAGACGCAGACACAGACACAGACACAGAGGCAGACGCAGACUCGGGAUGAGAGUCGGGGUGGGAAUGAGGAAUAUCGGGAUGUUGAGGGGUACAAAAACGCCACUGAAAGGGAGGCGCAGGAGUAA